CACAGGCUGAUGCUUUGAACAACUUUUCAGUGGGACUGCAUGCAUCUUCCUUCUGUAGUGAAAGACCAAGAGAAAAGGUUUGUAAAGGAACCCCAAAUACAAUUACCUGAAGCCAAGAUCCAUCCAAACCGCCACCAUGUCGAGCAAACGUGCCAAGGGAAAGACCACAAAGAAGCGCCCGCAGAGGGCCACCUCAAACGUCUUUGCCAUGUUUGACCAGUCCCAGAUCCAGGAGUUCAAAGAGGCCUUUAACAUGAUCGACCAGAACCGUGACGGCUUUAUCGACAAGGAGGAUCUGCAUGAUAUGCUGGCCUCUCUGGGCAAGAACCCUUCGGAUGAGUACUUGGAGGGGAUGAUGAGUGAAGCACCGGGGCCAAUCAACUUCACCAUGUUCCUCACCAUGUUUGGAGAACGACUCAACGGAACUGACCCAGAAGAUGUCAUCCGUAAUGCCUUUGCCUGCUUCGAUGAGGAAGGAUCAGGUGUGAUCCACGAGGACCACCUGCGAGAGCUGCUGACCACCAUGGGAGACCGCUUCACCGACGAGGAGGUGGACGAGCUGUUCCGUGAAGCUCCCAUCGACAAGAAGGGCAAUUUCAACUACGCAGAGUUCACCCGCAUCCUCAAGCACGGCGCUAAGGACAAGGACGACAUGUAGAGGACACAUCUCUGACAGCUUCACAUACGUGAAGGUGCUUGAGCAGCUGUGACCCUAACCUCUUCAGUAUAGACUCGGGGUCAAGUAAUAUUGGAAAUUAGUCUGGUUUAUCCUGGUCAGACAGGAGGACUGUCAGGGGUUCUACUUCUGACAGUAUUCCAUCAUGCCAGGCAAACUCAGUCAAUUGUAUAAGAAAAUAUUUUAAAUUGCCUUUUUAGUUUCGCUAAAAUGUACAAAGUGUGGUCUAUUGAAGCGUGGUGCAUCAUGUCUUAACAUUUAGGUGCAUUCCCACAACAUAAAAACAAAUAGCUUUUAUGUAUUCAAAUAUGCGUGACAUUAUGUGCCAAGGAAGCCAAGUUGACUAUUGAAAUACAUCCAGAACCUGUAUGUGGACAUCAGUGGCCACUACUAAUAAACAGACCUGCAAUCACAAAUUCUCCCUCUGCAUCUAUUAUUGAGCUAUAUCAUGUUGAGAAAACACCUAUACAUAUGUAUGUUUUGACGAAGCAGGUAAUGCCAUAAUUUACCUUAAUUGUGUGUAUCCUUUCACUCUACUAAAAUAUGACUGUAUGAAGUUUCUCUGUAAUUUGUGAGAUGCAGAAUGAUUAAGUACAUUGACCAAUAAGUAAUAUUGUGAAGGAAAUCAAACAGUAUUUUGUAAAGUCUGUUCAUUUUCAACAUUGGACCCAUAACAGACAAUUAACAGGUGUGAGACCAACAUGGGCCAGCUCCUCACUUCAUUCCAGAUGUUUAAGUGUAUAUCCUGAAAUAUUCAUGCAUUCAGUACAACUGUCAAACUUUUAUAAUCCAUGAAAGAAAAUAAAUAUUUCCCAUAUGAA